AUGGCCACCACUUCCGUCCUCCUACCGGGCGAACAAAUACCCCCAUCCGACCUCCCGCCAACCAAGAAAGGCACCUUAACACUCGGGCCCAACCUCCGCCACCUCCCCCCAUCAACCAUUCUCACCACAACCUCCGGCUCCCUACACACCGAUCCCAAGAAGGCCGCUCUCUGGAUCGAUGCUCCACAUGGCCGCUAUCAGCCCUCCGUUGGCGAUUUGGUAGUCGCUCAAAUCCAUCACGGCUCGACUGACACCUACCACUGUGCCCUAACGCCACAUACAGCCUACGCAUUACUAGGGCAACUAGCAUUCGAAGGCGCGAACAAGAAGACACGGCCGAAGCUGGAGUCUGGGGAUCUCGUCUACGCGCGGGUCAAAACGGCAAGCAAGUGGGAAGACGUGGAGAUUGAAUGCUUCAACUCUUCUACCGGCAAAGCGGACGGCCUGGGUCCGCUGAAGGGUGGCAUGGUAUUCAACAUCUCGCCGGCUUUUGCGAGACGGCUGAUGAUGGGGACUGAUAAGGAGGGGAGGAGUAAAGGUGGGGUGGUGGUAUUGGAGGAAGUAGGGGAGAAGGUCAAGUUUGAGGUGGCGGUGGGAAGGAAUGGGCGGGUGUGGGUGGACAGUGGGAAUGUCGCGGCUACGCUUGUGGUUGGGAGGUUAUUGAUGGGGUGCGAUGAGAAGGGGUGGAGUGUGGAAGAGCAGAGGAGGGAGAUCGAAACAUGCCUUCGGCCCAUGUUCUGA